AUGUCUUUAGUUACCUUUAUUCUAUUGUUGAUCUUGCUAUCAAUAGUAGCUUCCUCUUUUUGCUUUUAUAAACAGUACAAUCAAAACAAAAAUUUCAAGAAAAACAAAAAAAAACUAAUCGACCAGAUUGAGAAAAACUAUCUCCUUAAAAUCAACUCUCUAAACAACAAAAUUAAAAACUUUCAGUUUGAAAUCGACCAAAAGUAUCAACUAAUCGACUCCAAAAAUAUCCAGAUCAACCUAAUCAACAAAGAAUUCCACAAUCUACAGAAAAACCAUCUCAAACAAAUCAAUUCCCUAAAAUUCCAAAUCCAAUCAAUAGAAAAUGAUCUCAACUUAUCAAAACAGAAUUUCAACAAACUAGAGAAAAACAACUCCCAUCUAAACUCUAAGAUCGACCAGUUAAACAACACUCUCAUGAAAUCAAAAGAAAGAAUAAACUUCCUAGAAAUAGAACUAGAGAAAAAAAUCAACAAAGAAUUGAAAAUCAUGGACGAAAUGGACUUUUACAAAAAAAAAUACAAUAAAUACUACAUUGACUUGGAAAAUCUAAAACAAUCAAAAUCAAUCAAAUACGUCUUUUGCAACUCAAAUUCCUUUCUCAAUCAAGAAUACUCCUCCAGUUCAAGCGCUGUACUAAACUCAAUCAAUCCUCCCAUCAACAAUAGCAGCUCUCACCAUACAAACCAAAUCUCCUUCCCAAUCGAAGAUUCAAUCAUAACCUCCGAAUCAAUCAAAAAAAUGAGUCUUUCCCAACGAACCUCUUUAAUCCCUUCUCCAAAUCUAUCCUCAACUACUAAAUCAAACCCAACUUUUUACUCAAACCUACCAAACUUUCAGAAUCUUCCAAUUAACAACGACAAUAGCAUCAACAUCAACCAUCUCAACAACAGUAACAAUAGCAGCAAUAGCAACAACAACACAAAUCCAAGCACAAUAAACACCAUCUAUAACGUCAACAAUAACACCAUAAACAAUAACACAAACAACAUCAAUUCCGCAAAUCAAUUGAAUCAACUAAACCAAUUCAACCUUCUAAACAACUCAAGUCAAAACAACAUGCUCUACAUGAAUAACAACAACAUAUCUGCCUUCAAUGAAAACUCUCCCAACUUUUACAACAGAAUGAAAAUCACUGAUGAUGAAAAACUCGACGAAUUCAAAUACAAAUGGCUAUCCGAAUUGGAAGAUUUAAGAGUCUCCAUUAAACAAAUGAAUGAAAGUUUGCUAGAAAACCAGAUUUUUUCCGACGAAUUGGCUCAAUCAAUGAAUGACAACAUUAAAAAUAUUAAAAAUAUCAACAACAUUAACACUCUUAACAACAUUAACAAUUUAACUAAUAUUCCCAACAACAACAAUAACAAUAACAAUAACAAUAACAAUUUGGAUAUAAUAAAUCAAAGAAGAAUUCUGUUGUCUCCUGCAAGAAGACACAGAUUGCUAUCAACUAAAUUUGUCACUGAAAAUGAAAUCAAAAAUCUUAAAAGCAAAUUCAGUACCGAAUUUAAUGAAACUAUUAAACCACUAUUUGAAAUUAGCCAUUAUUCUCCAUUUUAUUUCAACGGAAUCAACAAUCCAGCAAAUAACAUAUCAAACGAUACCCCCAAUAACAAUAAUAAUAGUAACAACAAUAACAAUAAUACUAACGCGAACACUAACACUACCGUUAACGCUAAUAAUACUAAUAAUGUUAAUAACACCAGUAAUAACGCCAAUAAUAACACUAAUAAUGGGAAUAAUAAUGGGAAUAAUAACGGGAAUAAUAACAAUAUGGUACUCAGCACUUCUCCAGCAUCUAGCAAUUUAACAUCUCCAAAUUUAUCUGAAAAUAGCAUGACCAAUUUAAACUAUAAAUCUGGCUCAUCUAAUAAUACCAGCCCAAGCAAUUCACCAAUCACUUCCAAUGUUGCAUUGAAUAGAAAUGCCAGCAUCAACGGGAACAAAAAAAAGAGAUACUCCUCAUUGACUCUAUUUGGCAGAAAUAGCAUAAUUCUUACUGGACCAACCUCUUCAAAACUAGAGCGUGAAAGAGAAAGAGAUAAAGACAAUCAGAACGAUCAAGAAAAAAUAAAUGAUAAUGAUAUUCAAAGUCAAAAUGACAAUGAUAAUAAAAAAAAAGAAUUGUCAAACGUCAAAGCAGUAGGUAAAAAAGAAGUUACAUUUAGUUUGGACGAUGAUGAUGUUAAUGAAAUUAAAAACAAUAAAAAGCUGAUGGAGGAUAAAUAUGAGAAAAUCGAUAGACCUGAAAAAAGUGAUAAAAAAGUCAGUUUCGAUAAUAAUAAUAUGUACAAUGACAGCAAAUUGGUUGUUGAAAGUGUUGAUAAAUUACAAAGCACAGAUGAGAGAAACCCAUUUCCUAUUAAAGCAAGAAAAUUUAAUAGUGGAAGCACGAAACGAGAGUUGUCGAUCAACACUAAAAGAGCACAGGCACUCAACACCAGAAAACCAAUUAGUUUGGUCAAAAACAAAAACAAAGGAAAGGGAAAAGAAAAAGAAAGUGCCUACCAAGAUCACUUUAGCACUAAUAAUCAAAAUCCUAGUCAUAUGAAUCAGAAUAGCAUGGGCAACAGUACGGCUCACAGCCCUACCAGCCCAAUCAACAGCCCGAUUAUUGUGAAAGAAGAAGAUAUACUACAAAUGGAAAAGCGAAUCAAUUCAGCAUACAAUUCGAUAAUAAAUCGAUCGAUAGGAAAGGACAAUGAGUAUGAAUACGACAGCGACGAGAUCAUCACCAAUUCGCCUAUUUAUGCUAGAAACUACCUACAUGUGGCUAAAACCAGGGGAAACAACCACAGGGAAGCCAAUGGAACAAUGCAUGGGAGCAAUGGGCAUUUGAAUGGAAAUGGCAACGUCAACGGGGAUGAGGCAGGAGCAACAGGCGUGAGCAGUGGAAGCAGGUUCAGCUUCAAAAACAGGUUUUCUUCCUUGGGUAGAAAAGGAUCGAUCAAGAAAACAGGUUAUCUCGGUGGAGUGAAGGGGUAA